GCCGCGGUUCAAACUGAAAGAUUCCUCUGAGGCUUGACUUCUCUGCUCAGUGAACACCCAUCACAAACCCUGAGAGAAACGCGACAGUUGAUCUCCCGGUGUUAUCCAAAUUGCAUUCACAGCUCGGCGGAGUGAAGCAGCCAUUCUGCCCGACAUGUCACUUUUGGAGAAGUGUUUGCGACUACAACAAUAGGUAUGAGCUGCAUACUACCAGUUCCUGAGUAAACUGAAUUUUAUGAAUUGCAACUACUUGAACCGACUUCCUCAUGAGCACAGAACUUCCGAGGAAUCGGUUUCAGCCAUGAGUGGAAAAGGUUGUCAGCUCCUGGUGUCCCCAUGCAAUGUGUCCCCGUCACUGAGCAUGAUCAGAGGACACCAGCCCAAGUCCAUCAGGAUUCCCCUGUCCCCUCGCCAACGGUCCAAUCUCAGUCCUUCCUCAGGAAUGGAGAAAGUGAAAAAAGGAGCCAUUCACUCCCUAGCCUCUGGGAAACAGAGCGGAAGCCAUGUUGUUCUGCCAACCCUGAGCCUCCGCAGGCAGGUGUUGACCACUGGGAAACAGUUAAACAUGCCGACUGCACCCCAACAACAGCAAGUGCCUGCUCAUCAUCCUCCAACCACAACAGUGACAACUACCAUUCAGACAGGACUCAGCUCCUCUGACAACAGCUUCAAAGCAGGUUGCCCUGCAUCUGGGCCCGCCAUGGAAGUAUUCGGCCAGCCCGCUGCUGCAAACCUGACGGUGAUCAGUAGUCCCAUGACUAUUGUCACAGGCCAACCAUACCCUGUAGGGCCUGCAGCGCCUCAUCCUCCAUCACAUUUACAUAGUGUAACGAUUCCCCACACUGAUGCCAGGUCCUUACUGUCCCGAGAAUCCCUGGCAUCCACCACCCUCAGUCUGUUUGAAACACAGUCAAUGUUUAGUGGAAGACAUGACUGGCCAUAUGGCUACCGUGUGCUUCCUCCACUGGGACUACCUCAGUGCUCCACCCAGGCGAGCGAGGGAGGCGAGCAGCUCAGCAUUUCAUCAGGCACGGCCAUGUCCGGCACGACGAUAUCAGGUGGCACGAGCACCUCUGCCUCCCUGCCUUCAUACCUCUUUGCAGGUGAUACUGGAAGCCCCAGACCAUCUCGUGCUAAGAAGAGAGCUCUCUCCAUGUCGCCUUUGUCAGAUGUCAUGGGUACUGAUUUCAACUCCAUCAUACGCACCUCGCCUACCUCACUUGUGGCUUACAUCAAUGGUUCGCGCAGCUCUCCAGCCUCCCACACCACACUAUCCCCUGUCCAGUCUGAGGGUUAUGGUCAUUUCCUGGGUGUGAGAGGCCGCUGUAUCCCCCAGGUCCAUCCCUACAGCAUGGCAGGCUCUUCGAAGGCUAUGGCCCCACAGACGGAGUGUGGCCGUAUGCAGAUGCUUGAAGAGGGAGGGGGUCUGGAGAGCCAGAUGGCUAACAUGGUUGUGGAGCAGCAGUGCCUCCCAGAGGAAGGAGGGGCGCUGGAGAACACUUCAGAGAGCUGCAGUCAAACCACCAACAACCUGCUGCCACCUUUACAGUUAGAGCCGGCUCUGCUGACCACAGUCCAUGAAGCUGCUACUCCGCAGGGGCCUCCACCGCCCUACCACUCCCACCAGCACUUUCACCUCUCCAGGCGUCACUGCAAAAUAAAGCCCUCAUAUCAGGACCCUCUCACACAGGCCCCCAUGGCUCCUCCAAGGCAUGGGAUGAGCUUUUUACCCCAGGUUCCAAUGUUGGAGGAAGAAGAAGGAGAGCUGGAGGACUAUGGUGCCCACUGCUGCAGGUGGUUGGACUGCAGUGCAGUCUAUGACCAAAAGGAGGAGCUGGUAAGGCACAUAGAAAAGCUACAUGUGGACCAGCGGAAGGCUGAGGAUUUCACAUGCUACUGGGUGGGCUGCCCACGCAACUUCAAGCCCUUCAAUGCCCGAUACAAGCUUCUUAUCCAUAUGAGGGUCCAUUCAGGAGAGAAACCCAACAAGUGCACGUUCGAGGGCUGCAAGAAGGCUUUCUCUCGACUAGAGAACCUGAAGAUCCACCUGCGUAGCCACACGGGGGAGAAACCCUAUCUGUGUCAGCAUCCAGGAUGCCACAAGGCCUUCAGCAACUCAAGUGACAGAGCAAAACACCAGCGUACACACUUGGACACAAAGCCGUACGCGUGCCAGGUGCCUGGCUGUGCAAAGCGUUACACGGACCCCAGCUCCUUGAGGAAACACGUGAAAUCCCACUCUACUAAAGAGCGACAGUCACGGAAGAAGGUGAUGGUUCCGAGUAUAUACAUAAAUAUGAAAUCUACUGCUGAUGUGACCCAGGACACGCUGACAGACUGUUUAACCAUUCACCCUCUACAACCAAGCCUCUCUCCUCUGGCAAGGAUAGACAACAACUUGAACCCAUCCCCUGGCGCAUCCUAUGAGUCAUACUCUGCUGCUCCACAGGGACAAGACUCCUCCAGCAAUCCUCACCUGGCUCUGUUGUGCUCCUUACAAGACAAUUACAGGUUUGUUGAUCCUUCCCCUCACCAGCUCUUCCCUGGGGACUCGUGUGGGCCUUGCUCUUCCACCUGCCUCCCUCAUCCUCCCAAUGGGACAUCCCUGCAGAACAACCGAGAUCUGAAGCAGCCCAGCCAGCCGCCUGAACUAGCAGAUCACAAUCCAGAGCUCUCCGGGUCGAUGAAGAUACUAUAUUCUCCUCCACAAUAUGGUGGGAUCACAGCACAGACCAGUGCGAGUCACCUGAUGCAAGUUGAUGCCUUUGGUGACAGCCUCGCUCCAGCAGUCAAUAAUCCCAAUGGGGUGGCCACCUCACAAACAGCUCUUUCCUGCAUUACAGGUGCAUCUGCAGGGUUUAAUGUCCACAGCCAAGCACACAAUGUGGCUCCUCAUCAAGAUUUACAUGGAGGAGAUUUCUUCACUGUGGUGGACCACUGCACAAGCACAAGCCAGGUCUCCUGCAUCUAUACAGAAGGAUAACAUCACUCAAUUGUGGGGUUUUUUUUCUCCUUUGCACUAUUUUGUGUCACUGCAACCUGGUUGGCAGCUUCAUUUAGGGAAAUAAAAGAAUAUUUGAUAAUAAAAACUGCUGGUCCCUGGGUUAGAUAGCGCUGAAGGAAUUGACACUUACAUUCACAAUGCAAGUUUUUUUUUCCUCUCUCUCUCUCUCUCUCUCUCUCUCUCUCUCUCUUUGACUAAAUCUCUGUAAAUGUACUAUGUGACUCCACACUCUGGCUUCUGCCUCCAUAAUCAAUGUAUUUUAAUGACUGAGCCUACAGGAUUUUAAUGUUUACUUCCUCAGUUUUAUACAGCUUGUGUAUCGCAUGUAGUAAGUACUUCAAGUAGUUUCUGGUGGCAUUUUGCACAAUAUUCAACACUGCAAUCACAGCAAAGUAUUCAAGGGAUCACUUAUUAAGGUUUUUCUUAGAACCAUGGCUUUGUAACUAUAGUAACAAGACAGCCUUACCAUUUCAAAGUAAAGCGAGACAUAGAUAUAACUUGUUGUUUGAUAUAUAGUAAUGUGCUGAGUGCUCCUGUGCCUAGAUCAUGAGGUGGAUUUCUGUUGAUAACCAUACCAGUGAUUUUGCAUGUUUUAGUUGAUUUACUGCAAACUACUUACACUUCACAUUACAGAUGUGUGAUCCUUUCUAAAAGCAGCAUAGUGCUCUACAUUUUUGUACCGAUUUUCCUGCAGCCAUUUAUUUCAGUUAUUUCCAUAUGGUAUGAAAAUGACCUUAUGUAGACAGCAAAACGUGCUUAAGAAAAGGGAAACUAUAGCUAUAUUAUAGCUGCUUUUAUUUUUGCUUUUCUUUAUUUGUUGCAUUUUAAUGCAGUUCCAUCCAAUUUGUACUUUCAGCUGCAUUACUACGCAAUCAUAACACAACCACCAAUAAAAAAAAAAAAGCAGACAUAAUGACCACCAUGAAUCCAACACGAAAGCAAUUUUUAAGUCUCUUCAAAUUUUUAGUGUUGUGAAAUGACCAUUAGGAUAAAAACACUAUUCAGAACUCAGAAGCAUGUUUUGAAAAAUCAGCAGCAGCAAUGUGAAGUGUUUGUGUUUUGUAGUAAAUGGACUAAAUUAUGCUAAAACGCUGCUAUCGUGCCUUACCCUUUGAAUAUAUUUGGAAUGGAUCAGGAAUAAGAAGUAAAACAAUGGUAGCCUUGUUUGUCAUCUGUCAUACCUUGUGUCUCUCAGUAAUAUGAAGAUGCACCAAACUCUCUUUUGGAUCAGUACAUUUAAAACAUUUAAUUUUGACACAGAUCACACAUCACGCAGAUCAUUGUCAAGGUUACGAUUUCAAUACCCCAAAACACCCUGCAAUUGAUAAAGAAAACUUGCACUUGCCUUUACACAUUGAGAGCCAAGACAACACCACAUAAAAAUGGAAGAAACGAGAUAUUAAGUGGAUAGCGGAUCUCUAAAAAUGUUUUAGUUGACACUUAA